GCCGAUAAUUAUAUUUCACGAGCCGCGGGAAAGUGAUGAGUGGUCUUGUCUUAUAUUUAAGAAAAUAAAUUAUCUAAUAUCAAUGUAGAAAACGUAUAGAUUUUUCAAAAUGAGUACUUUUUAUUCCCCAAUGAAAUGUAUAUCUCCCAAUGCAAGAGUUUUAACACCCAAGCCUCAAGUACAACAGCUCUUGGACUUAAGGCUAACACAAAAUAAAGCUCGAAAUAGUAUCACAUGGUUCUUUAUUAAUGUGUUGUUGCUCAGUAUUGUGCUGUAUGACAUAAUGUAUGAUGGGCCUAUAUAUAAGCCAAUUUGUUGGCUAGAAUGGUGCCUAGCAUCUAUAUUUGCGAUAAAUGCUUUCUAUCAUAUUAUAAGAUACGCAUGGGUUACCAUAAGAUUACAGCCAAUUACACUGAAACCCAAACAGAGACGACUCUUAGGAGUCUCAGAGGAUGAACCCUUGUUCAAGAAUGAGGAACUUCAGCAGCAGAAAUCUCCAGAACUGAGUCCUUCAUUGAAUUUAUCCUAUAUAAAUUUCAAUAGACGUUCAAUACCGCUCGCAUCUUCAGUUUUGAGUGAAAUUAAGGAUUAUUCGACAUCAACAGUUUUUAAAUAUAGCAGUCCUGUAUCUCCUAAGUCAACUGUAAGCUCUAAUGGAUCACUCAGUAAAUCUAUGAGCAUUUCUUUAAAUGGCAGCCUUACAAAUGAAGAUCUCAUACGGGAUGAAUGCGAAUUGGAGAAUUAUCUCGAAGAAGUUGAACAACAGAGAAAAUGUAUGCUGUCCACAAACGUUGAUCAACCUUCAAAUCUACUGAGUUCUUUUUGGUCUCAUCCUGCUGUUCGAAGACCUGGGGAAGUAUCACCAUUGUUGCGAAGAUGUGCUUAUCAACUCGCACCUACUGUGGAUAAAACGAAGGCUACCAGUCCUGGUGCUGAAGAGGGGAGUUCUCCUAGGGGCACGUUUGGUGCAUUAAAUGUAUGGAGGAAAUACAGGGUCGAUCCGAAGAAAGUCAACGAAUGGACUGCCUUCCUUCGCAUGUGGAUUAGCAGGACAGUUGUGGAGCGCGUGUCUUUGGAGAUAGAUAACAUAUGCGCGGCGCUGAUACGUCAUGGUUUGAGCGACUCGCAGCCAGGACACGUGGGAUUGGACAGACUUAGGAAGCUCGCGCAAGCACCGUUCCUGGUCUCCGCAAUUCCUACUCUGCCAACGUUAGUCCCUUUCUUGGAACUCUCUAACAAUCAGGAAUAUCUCGUGAAAAGAAUAAAAAUACUCGCAAAGGGAGGAUGCAUGAGUGAAUUCAAAUGGAACAGUGGAGGUUCUCACAACGGCAAGGAAUGGGACUCCAGUUUGCCGACUGAUUCUGCGAUAAUAAUGCAUUUAAUCUCGACGUACAUGGAUACUCAAUUAGAGGCACCGUUGGAUCAACCAGACGCUAGACCGUUCACUUCGAGAUACAUGGCGAGAUCCGGAAUGGAGCUGCCGCGAAAUAAGGGCCCGAUAAUAGUCUGCCAAUCUGUGAAUCCGCCGCAUUACAAUCUGGCAUUAUCCGGCGAUUCACUUCCAAGCGAUUACGAAGAAGUACAGCGGGGACGUAAUAAUUUGUUCCACACACUCUUACUCUUCUUGUACAUAGUCAAGACGCGAGAUCACGGUAUGUUGGGCCGAGUCAACGCCGGAUCAUCCGGCAUUAAUAUAUUGUGGGUGAUAGAUAGCUGAAAAAAAUGUCACCCUACCUAGCUAGAAGCACCCUACCUACCUAGAAGUACUCUUGCUCCUACCUAGAAGCAAAAAUGUGACUGACGUCUUGAACGAUUGGGAUUACUUUUCGUGCGACGCACUUUGACUGAUCCUAUUGAGACUUUUGUGCCGCUAAUGUGUAUCGCUCUCAUGAAUUUAAUAAACGCGAUCAAAAAUAACGUUUACAGAUAGAUAGUUAAAUUUAUACGAAAAAAGAAACGCAGAAGUACGUUAUGCAACGAAUACUCAAAUGAGUGUAAUCAUUUUUAUUCAUAUAUUUGUGUCUAUGUACAAAGAGAUCGGAAAUUAUGGUUCUAUAACGAUUACAAAUUUUUCACUUACAAGAAAACUACCAACACAUGCAACUCUGUAUAUAUAUACAAGAUGUUUCAGAAAUAGGUGGCCAAACAUUAAAAGCAUAUUCUACUCAUUAUAAGGAUGAAAAAAGCUCAUAUAAACAUGGGUUCAGAAACGCUUCUUUUCUAAGUUAUAAACACUUUAUUUGCAACAGACUUUGGUAAGAACAUAAGCUGCCAUUUAGACAAUAUCUUAACUGUUAUAUGCUAAAAUAAAGACUGACUCCAAUCUUAAACAUCCAUUUGCCAACUUAUUUAUUUUUAAAAGAAGAUGAAUAAAGGAUAAUGCAUGAUACAUCGAUGCAAAAUUUCGCCUGUUGUAAAUACAUAAAGCAUUUAUAACUCGGAAGGGAAGUGUUCACAGACCCUGGGUAUGUUUAUAUAAUCAUUUUUCAUCUUUAUAGUAAGUAGAAUAUAUUUUUAAAGUUUGACCACCUUUCUAAAACAUCU